AUCCCUUCGAAACUGCCGGAUGCUUGUCUCGUAUGUUUUUCUGUUGGAUCUUUCCGUUAUUGAAUAAAGGGAGGAAGACAAAGGAUUUAGACGACGAAGAUAUUUAUUGUAACGUCAAAGAAAACGACUCUCGUCAUUUGGCUGAUUUAUUACAAAAAGAAUGGAAUAAAGAAUUACAAAAGGCAAAGCCGAGUUUAACCAAGUGUCUGAUUCGUCUGUUUGGUUUUACGUACUUGCGCCUAUUUCCAUUCUUUUUAAUUCAGGAGUGUUUCGUUGUUAUCUUCCCCGCCUAUUUGAUCGGAAUACUUACAGAGUAUUUCGUUAACAAAACGUAUGACAAUACAUUUGCAUAUUUAGCAGCUGCGGGCGUUUGUUGUUUUACUGUAGUCUACGGUUUCAUUGUCAACGAACUUUUAUUUCGAACGAGCAGACUCGAUAUGAAAAUAAGAAUCGCUUGUUCUGGAGCUAUCUACAGAAAGGCGCUUCGUUUGAGUUAUUCUUCGCUUGGAAAAUCGUCUAUAGGACAAAUGGUUAACCUCCUGUCCAACGACGUUAAUAAAUUCGAUAACUGCACGUAUUUAUCCACUUACGUCGUCACCGGCCCAAUUCAAUUAAUUAUAACAAUUUGGAUUCUGUGGAAUUAUAUGGGAUACGCGGUGUUCUCUGGAGUCGUGGGUAUUGUCUUAUAUUUUCCACUUCAGAUAAAAAUAGGAAAGAUGUUUUCUAAGCAAAGGUUAGAAUCGGCCAAACUCGGAGACAGAAGAUUACGUUUGCUACACGAAUUGAUAACAGGAAUUAGAAUAAUUAAAAUGUAUGCUUGGGAAAAAGCUUUUGCCAAAAAUAUCGAAGCGGCCAGAAGAGCCGAAAUGAAUAGAAUAAGAGCAUCGUUACUGUUAUCGGGACCUCCGUUUGCAGUGGGUUUCUUAUUGUCGAAAUCCUUUAUAUUCUUUCCAUUUUUAACAUUUUAUUUAACCGGUGGAAAGAUAACGGCCGAUCUAGUAUUUAUGACCGUUAGUUUAACUCUUAAUAUAUAUCGCUCGUUGUUUUUUGCGCUACCUCAAGCUGUGAAUCAGGUCUCCGAAGCGCUUUUAUCUAUUAAAAGACUACAGAACUUUUUGUUAUUGGAAGAAAAAGAAGAGUCGUCGGAGACGUCCGAUUCUCAAAAGUCUUUAGACAAAUGCGAAAUAAGGUUAGAAAAAAUCAGUACGUCGUGGAAUAAGGAUUCUGGCCUCGUGUUGCGAGACGUAAGUCUGCACGCUACGUCUGGAGAUUUAAUAUUCGUGGUUGGACCCGUAGGAUCUGGAAAAACAUGCAUGCUGCUGGCAAUAUUAGGAGAACUGCCAAUAUUGCUUGGUCGAAUGAAUAUAAACGGAAGGAUCGCUUACGUUUCUCAAGAACCGUGGAUUUUUAGUGGAACCGUUAGAGAUAAUAUUCUAUUUGGAAAAGAUUAUGACGAAAUGAAGUAUCGUAAAAUAUUACACCUUUCGGCGUUAGAAAAGGACGUAAAUCAAUUUUCUGAAGGUGAUCUAACAUUUGUGGGCGAAAGAGGAGAAGCGAUGAGUGGCGGACAAAAGGCGAGGAUAAAUUUAGCCAGAGCCUUAUAUUUGGAUGCGGAUAUCUACAUUCUGGACGAUCCGCUGAGUGCCGUUGAUGCUCCCGUUGCAAAACACAUAUUUGAAAAGUGCAUAAUGGGACAUUUGAAAAAUAAAAUUAGGAUAUUGGCCACGCAUCAAGUACGAUUCACGAAACAGGCUACGAAAAUUGUUGCAUUAAAACGGGGGAAAUGUAAAGGCGUGGGAGAUUACCAACAUUUGUUAAAAAUUGGGAUAAAUUUAGGGCAUAACGAGAAUGAUGACGACGUUUCGUAUUCAACAGAAACGGCGUUUUCCAAUGAAGAAAUGAGUGGUUUUUCGCAGACCUAUAAAGAAAUUCCAAUAAGAAUGCCAGGCGACGACGAUCAGGGUAUAAAUGAAGAAAAGAUGCCAAACGACAAAAGAGAACAUAAAGAGAAGGGAUUAAGUAUUAAAGCGGCUUUUAUAACUCUAUUCAAGUUUUAUUUGGAUGCCGGAAUGGGAAAGAUUCUUCAACUGAUUUUAAUUUUCUUGUUUAUCCUCAAUCAGUGUCUAACCAAUGGCAACGACUAUUACCUGGCCAAAUGGAGUAGCCAGAAUCGCCGGAAUAUAAAUGAGACGUUGAAGGAAUUGCCAGCGAAUGAGACGGUAGACUGGAAGAAAGUCGAAGGUUGUAUAAACGAGUCCGCCGUUUACAUUUAUUCGGGACUGUUCUGCGGUUCGAUCGUUCUAACUCUACUCUCUUCGGUGACAUUCUUAGUCCUGUCUUGUAGGUCCUCGUUAAACAUUCACAACAACACGCUCCGUUCCCUAAUCCAAAGUCGAAUAUCGUUUAUCGAUAAUAAUUCCAUAGAAGAGCAAAUAAAUUGUCGCAUGGACGACAUAUUCCUCUUGGGCUUCCUCAGAGCUCGGAAAUUCGAUAAAGAAAGGGCUAUUAAAUUAUUAAAAUCUUACUACUCAGCAAGAGAAAGUUACAAGGAUAUCUUUAAGGAUUUCAAUCCUUUGGCUGUAAAAGAAUAUUUAGAUACGAAAAUUUUGGGAUAUACUCGACAGACUGAUCAAAAAGGACGAGUUAUAGGAUUUGGAAGAUGCUCUAUGUGGGAUCCUAAUAAAGUUCACAUUAAAUCAGUAUUAAAAUGCACAUUGAUGAUUUGUGACUUGAAUAUAAAUGAACACGUAAUGCAAGUCAAUGGUUUAGUUUUGAUCUUUGAUGCUAAAGGCUUAUCCUGGAGGCACAUCGUUCAACUUACCCCAAACACUGUUUAUUCCAUCGCUUCUUUAAUGUUUGGUUCCAGUCAAAUUAGUUAUAAAGAAAUCCACAUGGUCAAUGUUGGAAAAUUAUUAUACAUCUUUCUGUCAGCGUUUAUGCCAUUUUUACCACACAAAAUCAGGAACAGAAUUCACCUCCACAACUCUGGAAUGGAAUCAUUGCACAAGUUUGUUGAUCCUAAGUAUUUGCCUGUCGAAUAUGGAGGAGAAUUGCCACCUUUGGAUCCAACCGAAUGUAAUGACAGACUACUAGAGUACCAAGAAUUCUUUGAAGAAAGCGAAAAAUAUUGGAACAAAAGUAAAAUAUUUAACAGAUUUUCUAGAGACGUGGGCAUAAUUGACACUCAAUUACCGAUUACGAAUAUGAAAAUUUUUAUGUUCGUUUUCGCCUUACUCGGUAUGUGUGUGGUGGAAGCCACGAUUUGUCCCUACUUAAUAAUACCUUCGGUGGUUUUGGCCUUUGCCUUGGUCUUUCUCUGGACAUUCUGUAAAAAUACGUCCGUCGGAAUCAACCGCUUUGAAGCUAAAAGAAGAAGCCCUAUUUUUAAUCAUCUCAGCAACACUUUGUCCGGAUUAUUAACGAUAAGAGCUUGCGGUUGCCAAAGAAAUUUCGAAAAUAUUUUAGAUAUUUAUUUGAAUAGGCAUAGCUCUGUUUGGUUUCUUCUCGUCGCCGUAAACAAAACGAUUUCGCUGUACGCUUUCAUCUUUUCCUACCUACAUCUGGCGAUUACAAUGGUGAUAGUGUUCCUCCUACCUUCGUCUACGGUGGGAGGAGAAAUUGGCCUGGCAAUUUCCUACGGUACAAUCGUAGCCUUCAAUUCCGUAAUGUUGAUGAUAACUCUUGUCGAGGAGAAAAGUCAGAUGAUGUCUAUAGAAAACGUAUACAAAUUUAAUGAGGCAUUACCUAAAGCCAUCCGCCCGAGCAAAGGGCAGAGUGAUCUUCCCGCCGACUGGCCCGCCCACGGUGCUAUUAAGUUCGACAACGUCUGCCUGCGAUACUCGAAUAACGAAAAUCCCGUACUGAAAAAUUUAAAUUUUCUCAUCGGGUCCGGAGAAAAGAUCGGAAUCGUGGGAAGAACGGGAGCGGGAAAGAGUUCGUUAAUAGCGGCUUUGUUUCGUACGACGGAACCCACGGGAUCGAUCUUCAUCGACCACGUUAACAUCGGAGGUGUCGACUUACAUCAUUUGAGAAGUAAACUUUCUAUUAUUCCUCAGGUUCCCUUACUGUUCGGUGGUUCUUUACGAAGAAAUCUCGAUCCGUUGAAUGCGCACGGCGAUACCUCUUUAUGGAAAGUUCUGGACAGCGUUGGUUUGAAAGAAGUUGUUGGAAAAUUAUCCGGAGGUUUAGACUCGGAGUUAACAGAAAACGGAGGUAACUUCAGCGUAGGAGAAAGACAAUUGAUAUGUCUGGCUAGAGCUCUUCUUUCCCGAAAUAAAAUUAUCGUAAUGGACGAAGCGACGGCUAAUGUCGACAAGCAAACUGAUUUAUUAAUACAAAAGACAAUACGAGAAAACUUUUCUUUCUGCACUAUCCUUACCAUAGCCCACAGGGUUCAAUCUAUUAUGGAUUCGGAUAGAGUCAUGGUUCUAGAAGAAGGACGAAUUCGAGAAUUCGAUAAACCGUGCAAACUUCUAGAAAAUAAAGACGGUAUAUUUUACAAUAUGGUGCGGAUGUCGGGGUUAACGGCCACGAAAUGUUUACGUAAUGUUCAAGAAAACACCAAUAACAAUAUCCAAAUAACGAAAGAAGUAUCCAUAAAGACAGAAGAACAAUACCAGCAAUUUGUUUCGGCAGAAAAACUCCUUAGGUUAAAACGAAAUAAUACCGAAUACGCAGGAAAUCGCUCAAAUAAUUUGAGCCAGUGCCGAAAAGUCACUCAUUUAUAACAAUUUUAUAAUAUUUAGUUAAAAAUUUUUAAAUCUCCCGACCACGUGUCCUCACGGAUGAAAUACGCGCGGCAUUUAAAUU